UAAGCUUAAUUUACACUGUAAUUUAUACUGUAUAUUAACCAAUUCAUGAAUUUUGCGGAAAAAGGUUAAAAGGACAAUUAAAAUUGUGAUUGUAGGUGUGAAGGACUAAAAAUUACACUGUUACACUCACUACUGAAUCUUGCAAACCAGUCAGAGAAUGAUCAAAGUUUCGAUAGUUCACCACAGUCGCUGAAUUCUGGAAAUAGUGACUCGCUCCAAAAGAAUCUUGAAAACCUACACUGAUUUAUAAAAUUUGAGAUGAACCAUAUAGAUUCAGGAACAUCUUUCUGUAAAAUUACAGGCCAUAAGAAGGAAGUAAGCAGCUGUGCAUUCAAUGAUCGAUUCUUUGUCACUUGUUCAGGUGACAAGUCAAUUCGAGUCUUUUCUGCUAUAGACUUUACAGAAAAAUCCUAUUCACCUUUACUUGCUCAUAAAUAUGCUGUUAAUUGUGUUACAUUCGAUGUUACUGGUCGUCUCAUGGCAUCUGCAUCAACCGAUGGCACAGCAAAUAUUUGGAGUUUGAGUGAAGAUAGCGCAUUGAUACUGACAGUUUUUCAUCAUUCUGAUUCCAAUACCGUUCAAGUUUGCAGUUUUUCUCCAAAUUCUGCUAUGCUUGUCACUGGUUCUUCUGAUGGCGGAAUCGGUGUAUGGAAUAUUGAACAAAAGAAAAAGCUUUUCCAAAUCAUAGGACAUCCUGAAGGCAAUGUUAAUGGUGCUGCAUUCACUCCUUGCAAUGAUUAUCUUGUUACUGGAUCUGCAGUAGGAGACAUCAGAGUGUGGGAUCUUCGAUAUAAUGAAUUUGUUAGUGAUGAAUAUCCUUACAUUUAUCCAAAGUGCAUUCUACAAACUCAAGCUCACGAUAAAGGAGUAUCUGGAUGUGGAGUCGACUGCAUUGUAUUUUCUCCUACAUUUCAUAUCAUAGAUGAUGGCCAAAUAGCUGAUAGUUAUCUGAUGGCAACAUGUGGUCAAGACAACCAGGUUAAAUUAUGGCUAUUUCAAAGAAGCAUUGCCUCUACGGCAGCAGUAAAGAAAGACCACUCAUCAAAAUGUCUUCAACCCUUACAUGAGUUAUCGGGCCAUCAUGGUCCUGUAAGUCAAUGUUGCUUUUCUCCUGAUGGAUUGAAAUUGGCUUCCAGUUCAUUUGAUAAAACUGUCAUCAUAUGGAACCCGGUUACUGGUGAACAAUUGUUAGUUUUGGAUGGACAUUCAGCUAUUGCUACUUGUGUUGCGUUUUCAUCAGAUGGGAAAUUUUUGGCAUCAACGUCUUACGAUAAAACAACGAUUGUUUGGAGAUUAACAACAGAUGAUAAAAAUGAUGGUGCUGUGUCAUUGGCAUCACCUGGGCAAAGUUCUGGCAAUUUGAUCAACUUGUCAACUGAUCAACAACAACCUUCAACAAGCGGUGUAACACCUACUGCGCCUGUUGCAGUGACAAAAAAAAUUCAUGAAUGGACGACAAGCGAUGUUGUUGAAUGGCUGGACAAAGAACUGAAACUAACACAGUAUUCUAAAGCAUUUUCUGAAAAUGAGAUAGAUGGUGAUGAACUUAUCAACUUAACUACUGAUGUAUUAUCUCAAGAUCUUGGUGUUGCUCCCCUUGGACAUAGAAACAAGAUAUUAAGAGGAAUUAAAACACUUCAGACUAAAGAUACAUCAACCAGUUCUACAACAUUUGUACAGCCAAACCCAGUUGUGCAGAACGGCAAUCCUGUAUUUCUACAAGCUACGACUGCACCGAUCUUUACCACUCCUGCUGUCACACCUUCAGUAAGGGCGUCGCCAAAGCUUAAUAUAGAUGACAGCAGUAUUCCUGAUGAAUAUCUUUGUCCAAUAUCAAGAGAGGUCAUGCUUGAUCCGGUACUGGCACCUGAUGGAUUUUCGUACGAACGUACAGAAAUUGAAAAUUGGUUCAGACGUGGGAGUGUGACAAGCCCAAUGACAAACAAAAAACUCACAUCAAGGAAUCUUGUUCCAAACCAAGCUCUUCGCACCAUAAUCAUGCAAUUUCUUGAGUCUCACAAGAAAACAUGAUUUGAGAUUAUAGCAAAUUCAUGAUGUUAUUUAUCUUUCAUUCUGUUGAAAAUUGAGACUACUAAAUAUUACAUUCAUUUAACACCUCACCCAGUCAAAAUUUCUCUCUCUGGAAUGAAUUGGCAGAGCAAGCUCUCCACACUGCCACUUAUAAGCCUGUAAAACAUGUACUUUGUUAAUAAAAACAAACCUACAUUUAAGUCUCCUGUUUUGUGGCAAUGUAAAAGUACGGUUAUUAGCACUGAUUAUUGGUGCUGCUGGCAUAUGAAUUGUAUUAUUGAGAUUUUUUAUUUACUUCAAGCAGGAAGAUGUAUAGCUCUAUAUGUUUGAAAUAUUCCUUAUUUUCUGCAGUUCAGGGUGUUCUAUAGACUAGCUACACUGUAAAUGUCGUUUCAUAUUUGUUUCUUACUCUGUUGAAGCGGUUAUCUGACUGGGUUUGGUUUUAAUUUUUUCUUUUAUUGCAAAUGGAUGUAAAUUUUUAAAACUUCUUUAUAUAACACGGAUUGCCUUAAUCUAUGUUCUUUGAUGUCCGCAAAUCCUUUUGAAUUGAGAUUAUAGCUUAUUAUACUCAAAAGAUAUUCUUUUGUCCUGCGAUUUAUGAUUAUGUCAAAGAUAAGAUGUUUUUCUAUAAAGAUAGACGGGAGAGACACAUUGUUAAAGAAGCCAGUUCAGUCAAUAAUACUGCUAUUCCUUCAUAUUAUACUUUCCAUAUGAUUAUAUAUUUGUUAUUUUAACCGGUAAGUAUUAUGUUAUCCAUAUGGCACCAGUAUUGAUUAAUGCUUCUGUCAUGGAUGUUUGUAAUAUUAAAAUAAAAAAGGUGAAGUUGCAGCAUUAGAAUAGUGCAAAACAAUGCACUUUCGAAAUAUUAUACAACUUUGGAAUCGUUUGCUAAAUUUAAAAACUUAUAUUUUCGUGAUUUUCUGAAAUUCUUUUGUGUAUUAUUCGUGUAUUAGUUCUUCAAUUCCUCUGUCAAUAAUUUUUAAUGAUUCGUCCGUU